AUGCCUUUUACCACCGGAGAAGAGAACUUGCUGCGGAUGAACCAAGAAGAUUUUGACUUCAACAUACAAUUCGAGCAGUUGUUCUUCUCUAUCAUUCCGUCCGCUUUGUUCAUCGUAACAUCGUUAUGGCGGACACUUUCCCAGGCACGGAAGCCCACUGUGGUGAAUGCUCCGGUUUUCCAAUUGAUAAAAUUGGGCGCUAUCACAACCUAUGUUGGACUUCAGCUAUCACUCCUCAUCUUAGUUGCAGCUGGGUCCUUCCAUGUGACCAACGUGUUCAUAGCUUCCUCAGUCCUCAACCUUGUGUCAGCCCUACUCAUGAUCACUCUGAGUGUUGUUGAUCACAGCAGAAGCCCAAGGCCGUCUGUACUACUGAGCAGCUACUUGUUCUUGACUCUUUUUCUGGACGUGGCUCAGGCAAGAACAUUGUUUCUCUCAUCAGAUGACAAGUCUGAAGUUACCUACAGUAGCAUGUUUGUUGCUGCUAUAGCUCUUAAGACUGGAAUAUUGCUCUUAGAAGCCCAACAAAAAUCCAGAUGGGUGGGCUGGGAUGAGAAGAAGCAUAGUCCCGAGGAGACGAGUGGAAUCUUCUCCUUAGGAGUUUUCUUCUGGCUCAACAAGAUGUUCCUGACUGGCUACAACAAAAUAUUGAACAUUGGGGACCUUUACCCUCUAGAUAGCUCCUUCAACGCUAGGUCGCUUCACGAUGAGUUUUUGGGGCAUAUGGAUUACUCUAAAUUGGGUGGCAAAUUUGGUCUGGUGAAGGUGCUUAUGCGCACACUGAGGGUUUCUCUUCUACUUCCCAUACCUCCACGGCUGGCAGUUCUUGCUUUCACAUUUUGCCAACCGUUUUUCCUUGAAAAGCUGUUGGAUUACCUAUCCCAGUCUGAACUCGACGAGAACGUGGGAUAUGGCUUUAUCGGUGCUAGCAUAUUUAUCUACUCAGGACUUGCUAUAUCAAUGGCAUUUUACUGGUACUUCCACAACCGAAUGCGCACUAUGACUAGGUCAAUACUAGUGAGAGAAAUUUUCAUCAAAGCCACGAAAGCUCGUAUUGGAACUGGCGAUGACAGCUCCGCAUUGACUUUAAUGAGCACAGACAUGGAGCGAAUCAAUCUGGGUCUCAGAAGUCUGCAUGAGGUCUGGGCGAGUAUACUCCAAGCAGCUCUUGCUGGGUGGAUGUUGUAUAACCGAAUUGGUGUUGUGUUUGUCGCACCGAUGGGAAUUGUUAUAGUCUGCUUCCUCGGCUUAGGGAUUUUGAUAAAUUUCACUGGGGAUUCGCAGAGGUCCUGGAUGGCAGGCGUCCAGAAGCGGGUGGGUCUGACGGCCACAGUCAUUGCGAGUAUGAAGAACUUGAAGAUUUCUGGCCUCUCUAUUGCUAUGGGCAACUUUGUCCAGAAGCUCCGCGUGGACGAGCUAGUGGCUGGAGGCCGAUUCCGCAAAAUUAGCAUUAUCGCGGCACUUUUGGGUUUUAUCCCACUACUGGUGAGCCCGCCGUUAGCAUUCGCAUUCACUCAAACAAAAUUCGAUGCCUCGAGGAUGUUCACCAGUCUUUCUUUCCUGACACUCCUGACCAACCCGUUGUCGGUAGUCUUUCAAUCUGUCCCCCAGCUUGUCUCUGGAGUGGCGUGUUUAGGCCGAAUCCAGGCCUUCCUAGAGUGUGAGACUCACCAGGAUUUUCGCCAAGUUCUUGAUGAUAUCAGACGAAAUGCUGAAAAGAACCGAGCGGAAGCCGGAUCUUUAUCCAAUUCUGAACUAGAGUCAGCCCAUGCUGUCGUGAUCAAGAGCGGAAAUUUUGGUUGGGAAGCAGAGAAUUUGGUCUUGAGGAAUGUUAGUACUCGAGUACCCAAGUCAUCACUCACUAUUGUUGUCGGACCUAUUGGUUCUGGGAAAACCACGCUAUGUAAAACAAUACUUGGCGAAAUCCCUUUUAGUGGAGGCAGCGUGGUUUUAGACACUAGAUUUCCACAUAUUGGAUUCUGCGACCAAACAGCAUUCCUCUCGAAUGGGUCGAUUAGAGACAAUAUUGUGGGAUUUUCUCCAUUUAACAACGAGAGGUAUACUGAAGUCAUUCAGGCUACCUCUCUAAGCUUUGACUUUGCCACACUACCCCAAGGAGACCAAACAAACGUCGGUUCAGAUGGAAUCGUCUUAUCCGGAGGCCAAAAACAACGGGUUUCGCUUGCGCGAGCUCUAUAUCUGUACUCGGAUCUGCUAGUGCUAGACGACAUCUUUAGUGGUUUAGAUGCGGACACUGAGGAGCAGGUCUUCCAACAAGUUUUCGGGCCAGAUGGCUUACUCAAGCGACGCGGCUCCACGGUCGUCUUGUGCACCCACAGCAUCAGGCACCUCCCAGCGGCGGAUCAUGUAAUAGCACUUGGCAACGGCACUAUUGUCGAACAAGGGAGCUUUCAAAACCUGAUGGCUAGCCAAGGAUAUAUUCAACGUCUGGGGUUGAAGGGAUCCUCCGAUAACGCUAUUCCUACCGAGAAAAUGACUUCAAAGAAGAGCGUACGGGACUCGAAGCCGGAAAUGCUUCACACAACGGUGACCAAUACAUCAUCAUCCACUACACCCGAUGGGGAUGCAUCGCGGCAAAUUGGCGAUAAAUCAGUAUACAAGCAUUACUUCAAGAGCAUGGGAUGGUUUCUGGCAGGAUGCAGUUUGUUUUUUGGUGUUCUUUGGGGAUUUUUCACGAACUUUCCAACAAUCUGGCUUACAUACUGGACCGAUGACAUCUACUCAGAGCGCCCAACUCACCCUUACGCUUACUACGCCGGGAUAUAUGCUUUGCUUCAAGUAUGCGCCUUAAUCUCGCUCCUUCUCCUCGGCAUCUCCCUCUUAGUCGUCUCCGUGAGGAGGGCUGGUGCUAGUCUUCACCAAGACGCCUUACAAACACUUCUUCAAGCUCCACUAUACUUCUUCACCAAUACGGAUACUGGCGUCGUCACAAACCUGUUCUCGCAAGAUCUCAAUCUCAUAGACACAGAGCUGCCAAGUGCAACUCUGAACACUAUCUUUUCAGUCUUUCAAGCACUCGGACAAGCGGGAGUUAUGCUCACAUCUUCUGUGUACUUGGCCAUAAGCUACCCGUUCCUCGUCGCACUACUGUAUAUUUUGCAAAGGUUCUACCUUCGGACUUCCAGGCAGCUGAGGUUGCUAGACUUGGAGGCUAAAAGUCCCUUGUACACACAUUUCCUAGAUACUGUUAAGGGCAUUACAACUCUGAGAGCUUUCGGUUUCCUUCCCAACGAUGUCGAAAAGAAUAGCCACCUAAUUGAUGCUAGUCAACGACCCGCGUAUCUACUCGUCAUGAUUCAACAGUGGCUGACCCUCGUUCUCGACCUCGUAGUCAUGGUAAUAGCAGUGGCUAUGACGACUCUUGCCGUUCGGCUUCACUCCAACUCUGCUUUCGCUGGUGCCUCCUUGUUCUCUCUCAUGAGCUUCGGGGAGAACAUUUCAAGCAUCGUCAUAUUCUACACAAAGUUAGAAACGUCUAUUGGAGCGAUCGCCCGUCUCAAGGCGUUCAGCGAGAAUGUUAAGCCUGAGGAUAAAGACGAAGAGAACAUUGUUCCCCCUGCACAGUGGCCUCAAAAUGGUGUGGUGGAAUUGAAGGGCGUAUCCGCAAGUUACGGUGAAGAAGAUCAAGUGGAUAGAACGUCUAAGUUGGCCCUCCACAACAUCCACCUCACCAUCAACAGAGGCGAGAAAGUCGCUAUCUGCGGUCGUACCGGCAGCGGCAAGUCUAGCCUCAUCGCCCUACUCCUCAAGAUCCUAGAUCCAAUCUCCGAGACGGCCGAAAACGCAAUGGUUGAUAAAAUACCGCUCUAUCGCAUAAACCGGGCUGCCCUCCGUGAGCGUAUAAUCGCAGUACCCCAGGAAGCUGUGUUCCUACCAGAUGGAUCCACCUUCCGAGCGAACCUGGACCCGUCUGACGUCUCAACGCCCGAGGAAUGUCAAGUUGUGCUUACCGCCGUGGACCUGUGGAAGUUCGUACAGGAGCGGGGUGGAUUAGAGGCAGGCAUGAGUCCAGGGACACUCAGCGCUGGACAACGGCAACUCAUGUCACUUGGGCGUGCACUGCUGAGGCGGUUUAUCCGGGCACGAAAUGGCUCGGACUACGGUAUAUUGUUGUUGGAUGAGGUGAGCUCGAGUGUUGACCGAGAAACGGAACGUGUCAUGCAGGAGAUUAUUAGGGUGGAGUUCAAGGACUACACGGUUAUAGCAGUUAGCCAUCGGUUGGAUAUGAUUAUGGAUUUUGAUAGGGUUGUUGUUAUGGAUACGGGAGAGGUUGUAGAAGUUGGGAAUCCUGUGGUGCUGGCUGGACAGGCGGAGACGAGAUUUGGGGAUCUGGUGAGGGCCGGGGCUAAGUAG